AUGAAACUUCACGCUCGUUUGAUCACUUUGCUCGUUUCCUUCAUUUUGUUUAUUAGUGUGAUAUGUUUCCACCAGGCCCUCAAGAUCAGGUAUCGGAAAGCGUUUGGACUUUUACCCUCACGUCUGGUGAUCUUCGGCGACGAAUGGAGUGGUAUCCUACCACCAGAAACGCUUCGUAAACGAGACAAGACACCCGCCCCCGCGCAUGUCUGGACCGAGCUCCUCUGCUCGCACAUACACGCCGAUUGUAGCUCUUUUGCCCCAGCAAACACACAGGAGAUCACCCGGAUACAAAAAGGAGAAUAUGGAGCGGCAGUGGAUAAUCUUAUAUUCGACCAAAACUCGACUGUGCCGGAUCUCCGGACACAAGUAGCAGCCUGGAUUGAGGCUGAGCAGAAAGCUAUAACCGACGGAAAGAGCCAGGAGCGUUCGAGUCUGUUUUCGGUGUUUUUCGGUGUCAACGAUGUGUGGAAGUACUCAAGUUACAGCAGGGCAGAUGGGGUUGCGGCCGUGGAUGCAAGCUUGGACUCCAUGUUUGAGCAGCUAGGGGUCAUGGGUGCCAAUUGGCCGGAUCCAAUCCAGGUGCUGAUGCCCUAUGUUUUGGACAUAACUAUGCUCCCGGGCUGGAAAAGGUUUAGGGAGAGGAAGGACUUCAGGCAGGAGCAACUGAAGAACGCAAUUUUCCUAACUAGGAAAUGGAAUCACGGUCUCGACCUGAGGGCCAAGAACUGGAAGAAGGGUAGAGUCCUUCUUUGGGAUAUGAACAAGUGGUUUCUCGAUGCCAUCAGGAAUGAGGCGAAGGAUGGGUGGUUCGAGGUUAAGGAGGGUUGUGCAAAGAACAAGAAGGAUAUCUGUGAUCGACCGGACGAGUUUCUCAUGUGGGACGACAUACAUCUCGGGCCACGCGCUCAUGAGAAAUUAGCUCAAGCCGUUGUGCAAUACCUUUUGUAA